AUGGGUUUACCUAAAUCGGCAUAUAAGAAGUUACUCAUAGAUUGUCCAACGAGAGUCAUUAAUAAAAACUGUGCCCAACGAGUCAAAGAUGUUUCUCCGCUCAUUACAAACUUCGAGAAAUGGUCGGAUAAGCGCAAGAAGCUCUAUUUCAAAGAUGAAGAGGAAAUGGUGGGGCAGUUCCAUUUGGAAAAUUUCAAUUUAAAAAAUAACUUAUAUGGUAGGCUUUUAGCUUCUCCAAUGAGAGCAGAAAAAAUCUCAAAAUUAAAAUCGUGUAGAGAAUUACUAAUUCCAUUGAAAGUGGUACCAUCAACUGGCAAAGAUCAGCAUGCUGAUAAAGAUAAACUAAAACUGGUACCUACACUAGAUUAUUCCAAAUCAUACAAAAGCUCGUACGUAUUGAAUUCAGCCUCCAUUGUACAAGACAACUUGGCGGCUGCGACGUCAUGGUUCCCAAUCUCGGUAUUGCAAACAUCAACUCCAAAGAGCCUAGAAGUUGAUUCCUCUACAUUUAUAACGGAAUACAAUGCUAACUUGCACGCAUUUAUAAAAGCAAGACUUUCAGUGAUACCGAAUGUUGGACCUUCUUCGAUAAAUCGUGUUUUACUCAUUUGUGACAAGAGAAAAACACCCCCGAUUGAAAUACAAGUAGUUAGUCAUGGUAAAGGGCUACCAAUUACACAGUCUGUCUUUAACCUUGGUUAUCUCCACGAGCCAACUCUAGAAGCUAUCGUGAGUAAAGAUGCAGUUACUAAUGGAAUUUACCUGGAUGCCGACAAUGACAAGGAUCUCAUCAAACACCUUUAUAGUACAUUAUUGUUUCAUUCAGUUAACUGA